UACACAUCUCAAAGAAAAUCUCACAAAUAUGGCAUUGUCUAAUACUAAUGUUGGAGAUGAAACAAGUGAAGUCCUUGCUGCUCAAGCACACAUAGCGAACCAUGUACUCAAUUACGUCAAUUCGAUGUCACUCAAAUGUGCAACUCAGCUUGGAAUUCCAGAUAUCAUCCAUAGCCAUGGCCGAGCCAUGCCCCUCUCUGAUUUAAUUGAUGCCCUCCCCGUCAACAAAGCCAAAGGUCAGGAGUGUAUUUACCGUCUCAUGCGUAUUCUAAUUCAUGCAGGCUUCUUUAUUCAAGAAGAAGAAGGUUAUUCGCUUACUCCAACUUCACGUCUCCUCCUAAAAGACGAGCCAUUGAGUCUAGCCCCCUUUGUGCUAUCGCAAUUAGAUCCACUUUUAGUGGAUCCAUGGCAAUCACUCGGUGAAUGGUUCAAGAAUGAGGACUCUACCCCAUUCGCGACUGCUCAUGGGAAGCCGUUGUUUGAAUAUGCAGGGGAUGAACCAAGGCUUAACCGUUUAUUUAACGAAUCCAUGGCUAGUGAUGCACGGUUGAUCACGAGUGUGUUGAUUAAAAAUGGUAAGGGGAUUUUUGAAGGGUUGAAAUCAGUGGUGGACGUUGGGGGCGGCACAGGAGCCGUGGGGAAAGCCAUUUCUAAUGCAUUUCCAGAGUUGAAGUACGCUGUCUUCGAUCUGCCCCAUGUAGUUGAAGGCUUGGAAGGGAGCAACAACUUGAGCUAUAUUGGAGGAGACAUGUUUAAGUCGGUUCCUUCUGCUGAUGCAAUUUUCCUAAAGUGGAUAUUACAUGACUGGAGCGACGAAGAUUGUGUUAAAAUAUUGAAGAAAUGUAAAGAAGCAAUUCCAAGCAAGGAGAAUGGAGGAAAGCUGAUCGUCAUUGACAUUGUGAUUGAUAACAAGAACAGAGAUGACAAAUCAUUUGAAACUCAAUUGUUUUCAGACGUACUCAUGAUGGUUCACGUUUCUGGAAAAGAAAGAAGUGAACAAGAAUGGGCAAAACUCUUCUCCGAUGUUGGUUUUAGUGAUUAUAAGAUUAGUCCUAUCUUGGGGUUAAGGUCUGUUAUUGAGGUUUACCCUUAAUAUAAUCUUGUACUAGUAACAAGUCCUAGACUUAUAUUAGUCAAAUAGAAUGAAAGCUGAGUGAGGCAUUUUGAACUUCUAGAAUAAGGUAAUAUAUUAGAAAGCAAGAGAUCUUGUGCGUUUCCCUUGCAAAGGGUAAUAUGAAUAUUGUUCUUUUUGAUAUGGUAUUAAUAACAAAGGAGCCUUUGUUAUAGUUCAUAAAUUUAUAUUCCAAUGAUUUCAGAGA